CUUCCCUCUGCUUUUUAGAAAGUGUACGAGUGUUAUCUCUCUGUUGUCUAUGUCACUUAGCCAAUAAAGUACGGUACCACAAAAUGAUUUAGUUAUUAGUUUGCCUGCGUUCAGCAUCCAGCGACAUCGUAAAUUUUUCCGUGCUGAUCAACCCAUCAUUUCAGCAGCAUAUUACGAAUUGAUGAUGCAAUCGGAAUGGGCGUAGAUUAUUUAUGAUUUAUCGUAGGCAUUAUACAGGACACACUAUUGAUAUUGCUGUGCAUGCGAUUCCAAAGUAAGCAUAUGCCUUUAUGGUAUUGUCAAUUGUUGAUUUCGAACGUAUGAUAGUGAAGUGCUCUUGAGGGCACAUGGUUGCAUUCCGAAUUUUAAACUAGUAUAUGUAAUGCAUUGUAUACGCGAAUAUUUCUGCACUGCUGUAUAGGGCCUUUGGAAUUCGGCAAUAUACAUGGCACAUAUGUGCAAUAAAUUCAAGUGUUAAUUAGCCGGAUCUUAUGUCUAGUUAUUUAGAAGGACGAGAAGAACGAACAAGGCAUACCCAUUUUCAGGCUAUAGAAUUAUAGGACCAGCAGUUUUGGCAUUCCCAUGGAUUAAAAGUGACUCAGGAUUCUGAAGGAGAAAAUGAAUUUGUUUCGGCCAUUUAGUUUAAAUUAUUUAGCCUAACGGAUUCCUUGUAAACGAAAACUGUCGGAUAUACCCACUUUUGAUUUGGGAUAUUUACCAAAUACAUGUAUACGCAAUGGCUCAUCAAGGACAUUAUAAGGACAAUCUCCUCAUUAUGACUUUUAUUGCGCUAUUUGCAUUUAUCAAAGCCGAGUUGUCCGUCAUUCCUCAAUUCAAGUCUUACGAGUGUUAUUCAUGUAGCUAUAACACAUUUAGCAUGGACGGUGACGUGUUGGAGGUGAAUCUGCCGGGGGAAGUCGCCAGCAUCAGCGUACAGACACUCUGCGCAGAUCCAUUCAGACAUGAGCGAAAGACGCUGAAGGGUAACUGGGUCAAGUUUGAGGGAUAUCUACCGGUUGCUAAGUGCCCUACGAGCAAGUGUCAGAAAAUCAACGUCCAGACGAACAACAGGGGUGACUUCGUCGUCCGCAGAUGUCUCCCGUCAGGUGCCAGCUGUCAGAAGAACAAAGUGUUCAAGGGCACGAACAUCACCCAGACCGUCAACUGCUGCGAUGGCCACAUGUGCAACGGGGUUGACCGGCCUGCAACAGACUUCUGGUGGCUGCUUUCGACUGUUAUUUUGUUGUUCGUCAGCCUUACAUAUUUAACGUAACUUGGUGCGUAGUAGCAAUACGUUUAACUGACGGUUAAGGCCUAUCGACCACCAUGAGAACUGUUUCGUGCGAGUCGAUGAUAUCAAGAUUUGCCCUGAUGAUCCUUUGGUAAGACAAUAGAACAGUUGGAAUUUAGGCCCAAGAGUACGCGGGCUUAGUUUGAAGAAAAAUACCGUACAUUAGGUUUGGCUUGAAUUCUUUUAACUUCAGGUAAGCAGCAAAAUAACGCAAUAAGUGUGGACAAAUUGUGAUGCUGAAUGAACGUAUCUCUGCAUCCAUGUAGUAAAACAGUGCAGUCUUUAAUUUAAUAGCCAACUAUCAGGUUGCAGAUGUCAAAACAAUAAAUAAUUGAUGAUCGAGAGAUCAUUUUGUGCGAAAGCAUUUGGCUGAAACUUUGCACCUUGUAACCUUAUCAUAUAUUUACUUCUAAGCUGUUUUUUUUUCUCUGUCAACAUUUGCCUUUAAAAUAAUGUUCAAUCAUAGAUACCAGAGUACGUUUAAGUUGUCAAGAAAAGCAUUCCUCCAAGAAUUAGUCUUAGUUCAUGUGCCCCCUUUAAUGAUGUCUGUGUUAGGUGGAUAAUAGAGGUUUGAACCGUAGGUAGCCUUUAUGCCUACAACUUAUUCAUUGGCAAACACAGCAUUAAAUUGACACACACAAAAAUGAUAUCAAGAAGGAUAUUGGCUGAAUGACACCAGAUGAGUGUACGUGUAAACAAGAUAUCGUGCGUGCCUAUACUUUGAACAAACAAAGGCGUGAACGCAGCCUUUAUGGACGGCCUAUAACAUUCUCUCACCAAACAUGGGCAAGCUCCGUAAUUGUACCUGGUCAGAUACUGGUUUCCUCGAUCCCGGAUCGAGGAUAGGUAGUCUAAGUUCUCUCUGAAAUUAAGAUCCACAAAGUAAACGUGUGCAGAGCCUUCUGCACUAAACUGAAACUAGAGGACAAUGUGUUCUGUCGCAAAUAAAUAUUUUAAGUUCAAAUGAACUGUGCUACAAUACGAGAAAUUACCAACCAGUGCUUGAA